UUCUCAGUGGCCUGUGGCUAUAAAAGCCUUCAGUGGAAGCUGCUGCGGUACAGCUUGAGAGAAGCUGGAAGCCCAUACUGACGGUGUCUAUUUUGGGACAUAUGCCUGGAUCACACUGUACAAAGACAAGUUGAUAGAAUGAAGGAUAUUCAGGAAAAUAUCCACGGCUCCACUUCUGCUGCACUGCCCACCAGCUCUCCUGCCACAACCUUUACUGAACUCCAACCACUGAUGGUGCACCCAGGCAACUCCCAGGAGGACAUGACGGAGAAGGACACAGCGCCGCCAGGAGGAGCCUCAACCCUGCAGAAGGCCAGGGCCCGAUUCCUCAGGGGAGUCUCCUACUUCUCUGGAGACAUGGAGGUGUUUGGGAAAUGGAUGGAAAAGCAGUUCAUCUUGCUGCAGCUGCUGGACUGGGUCUUGCGCGGAGCGGCCCAAGUGAUGUUUGUCAACAACCCCCUGAGCGGCCUUAUCAUUUUCGCUGGCCUCAUCCUGCAGAACUACUGGUGGGCCCUAAACGGCUUUGUGGGCACACUUUUUGCCACCAUUUCUGCCCUCAUUCUGCAACAGAGCAGGGGUGCAAUAGCUGCAGGGCUGUACGGGUACAACGGCAUCCUGGUGGGUCUGCUGAUGGCUGUGUUCUCCAAUAAAGGAAACUGGUACUGGUGGCUUCUGCUACCCAACGUCUUCAUGUCCAUGAUGUGCCCAAUUGUGUCCAGCGCCCUUGCAUCUAUCAACAGUCGCUGGGAUCUGCCUGUGUUCACGCUGCCCUUCAACAUCCUGGUGUGUCUCCACAUGGUCGCCACCGGUCACUACAACCACCACUUCCCCCAGGUCCUCAUUCAGCCUCGCUCUGAGCUGCCCAACAUCACCUGGGCCGAAAUCGAUGUACCCAAGCUCUUCAUGUCAGUGCCUGUGGGAAUAGGCCAAGUUUACGGCUGUGACAACCCUGUGACGGGAGGAAUCUUCAUCGUCUCGCUCUUCAUCUCUUCCCCCAUCACCUGUGCUCAUGCUGUCCUGGGAUCUGCAGUGGGCAUGGUGUCAGGUCUGGCUCUGGCAGCUCCUUUUGGAGACAUUUACUUUGGCCUUUGGGGAUACAACUGUGUGUUAGCCUGCAUCGCUAUUGGAGGAAUGUUUUACGCUCUCACCUGGCAGGUGCACCUGCUCGCCAUCACGUGUGCUUUUUUCUGUGCAUACCUCGGCUCAGCUAUUGCCAAUAUCAUGUCCAGGUUUGGUCUGCCAGCGUGCACCUGGCCUUUCUGUCUCUCUGCCCUGACGUUCCUCCUCCUGACCACGGGGACCAAGAAGAUCUUCAAACUGCCACUGGCCAAAGUCAACUAUCCCGAGAAAAACCUGGGCUUCUUCUGGAAGAUGAAGAAGGAGGAGAAAAUUGAGAAAGCUGAGGCCGAGAAGAAAGAGCGGGAGAAGCAGCAGAAAGCCAUUGAUGAAGAACUGAUACUAAAUGAGAAAGAGCAAUUGCGGCUUGAGCUUGAAAGAGCGGAGGAAGGGGGCACACAAGAAGAACAAAAGGCCACUGAAGGAGAAGAAAUCAGACACAAUGAUGUCAUCGAGAUCCCUGUUGAUGAUUGUGUGUAAAAAUAUAUUCUGCUUUUUAUUUUAUUUUGUUUUGUAAAACUAUAUUAAAUGUAUAUUUUUUUAAAUAAUUUGUUUUUGCACUUAUGAAAUGGUUACGAACAACCUGUGACAUAUGUCAUCUGUUGUUGAGAAGCAAACAGAUCUGUCUGAGAAACAAACAGAUAUAUAAGUAUUAGGGGCCAGUUGUUUAAAGGACAGUGGGAAUUAAACUUCUAUAUAUCACUGUAAAGUCAUGAAUAAAAAAAUAGACCUUAAUUAUAUAAGUAUAUUAAUAUACUUGUGAGUGGAGAUCAGGAUAAAUAGCUUUUUUGAUCAAGUCACAAUAAAAAUGAAAUAUUGUACAUUAAUUUAAAAAAAUAAAUAUUUUGUUAUA